AUGGAAUUACGUGUUGGCCAUAAAUAUCGUCUCGGACGAAAAAUCGGUUCGGGCUCCUUUGGUGAUAUUUAUUUGGGAACAAACAUAGCAUCAAAUGAAGAAGUAGCUAUUAAACUUGAAAGUUCACGAACGAAACAUCCUCAAUUACAUAUUGAAUCAAAAAUCUAUCGUUUAAUGCAAGGUGGUGUUGGAAUACCAGUUAUUAAAUGGUGUGGCGCCGAAGGAGAUUAUAAUGUUCUUGUGAUGGAUCUACUUGGCCCGUCAUUAGAAGAUUUAUUUAAUUUUUGUUCAAGAAAAUUUUCAUUAAAAACUGUGCUGUUGCUAGCUGAUCAAAUGGUUAGCCGUGUUGAUUUUAUUCAUUCAAAAAAUUUCAUUCAUCGAGAUAUUAAACCUGACAAUUUCUUAAUGGGCAUCGGCCGUAAAGGCAAUCUCGUUUAUAUAAUUGAUUUUGGUCUUGCAAAAAAAUAUCGCGAUGCACGUACACAUCAACAUAUACCCUAUCGAGAAAAUAAAAAUUUAACUGGCACAGCACGUUAUGCUUCGAUCAAUACACAUCUUGGCAUCGAACAAAGUCGUCGAGAUGAUAUGGAAUCUCUUGGCUACGUACUCAUGUAUUUUAAUCGCGGCAGUCUUCCGUGGCAAGGCUUGAAAGCAGCAACAAAACGUCAAAAAUAUGAACGUAUCAGUGAAAAGAAAAUGUCAACACCAAUUGAAGAAUUAUGUAAAGGCUUUCCUGAAUUUACAACAUAUUUGUCUUAUUGCCGUUCAUUACGUUUUGAUGAUAAACCAGAUUAUUCAUAUUUACGACAAUUAUUUCGUAAUCUGUUUCAUCGACAAGGUUUUACCUAUGAUUACAUCUUCGAUUGGAAUAUGCUCAAAUUUAGCGGUCAACGCUUCGAUGCGAACAGUGUUAAUGACGGUUCAGCCAAUAAACCUGAUACUAAUGGAUAUAGUGCCAGCGGUAAUGCUCAACAACAAAUGUAUACAAGUACUAAUAAUCAAGGUGUGUAUCGACGAACUUCGAAAGAUAACCAUCAAACUCAGCCACCGCCACCAUCAACAUCGAAUAAUUCCAAACAGCAAUUACAGACCGGGACAGAUACAGGUCGACCAUCAUCAGCACGUGCUCCUAAAAAAUAA